AUGUCUUUUUGGCCGUUUGGACAUAACGACCAUUCCAAUAUCCAUCGGAUACUGGAAGAGUAUUUUCAGAUACUGCAUGCGCUUGAGAAACGCGAUGAGAUACGAGCAGAACCACGAUUAGCAGGGGAUUUACCAAGCCAUGAUGAACUUACCACAGGAUGUGCCGAGGACGUAAACGGGAUACAGCAUCAUUCAGAAGACGAAGUCAGCACUGUGGGCUCUUAUAACUCUACGACGCAUCGUUCUAGUCGUGCACCCAGUCUGUCCCAGCUUAGCAGUGCAUACAUCGAUAGCAUUCUUGCCGAAUCAGAGCUGCUUAAUGAGCUUACGCGCCAGAAUAACACGCUUCUAGAUUUCCUUUGCUUUGGCUACUUUUUCAAUUCAGAGAACGUCAAGGUCCAGAAUAUCGAGUAUUUGAUAGAUCAGCUCAUGUACUGCGUAGAGCAAAUCCAGGAAGGACAUCCAAAUAGCACUGGCAAGGAUGAUAAUGAUGAUAAUGAUGAAAAUGAUCGUGGUUACAAACAAAAACCUAAUUUGCUCGAUGAUAACGAAAUUGACCACGGCGACGAUGCUGGUUUUCUCGGUCAAGCAAAAAAUGAUGAAGAUGAAGAUACCAUUUCCACAUCAAAGACUCGUCCUUCUCCCUUGAACAGAGCAACCAUUAUUUCCGAGAUCUUUGCCUUAGACAUAUGGCUAAUCUCAGAAUCACUGGUCAAGAACACGAGUUAUCUUAACAAAAUAUGGGCCAUCCUGUACCAGCCAGACUUCUCAGUCAACAAUUCAAGUUUGGUACCAAUAUUCCUCAAAAUCAAUCAAAAUUUAUUGAGUACAAGACAAGACCAGUACCUCAACUUCAUUCGGUCCAAAACGACACUUGUGGAGGACCUCUUGCAGCAUGUCGAGGUUUCGGUUCUCAUGGAUUUCUUGCUCAAGAUAAUAUCAACGGACAAGCAAGAAAGUCCUUCCGGCAUUAUAGAGAUGGUUCGUGAACAGCAAUUAAUAAACCGUCUUCUAAGUUAUCUGGACAACGAGAAACAUGCUCCUGACGUUCAAGCUUGCGCUGGAGAUCUCCUUAAAGCUGUGAUAACCAUAUCAGCAAACGCACCUCUUGAUGACAUGUCGAUUGGUCCCAACUCAUUGACGAGACAGCUUGCGUCAGAGGAGUGCAUGCUGUUUCUCUUGAAUACGAUUGUUAAAAAAAGAGGAAAUGCACUGAUGAACGCAGUUUCAAUUGUUAUUGAGCUGAUACGAAAAAACAACUCGGAUUACGAUCAAGUCAAUCUUUUGUCUACAAGUCUAGACACUCAUCCACCCUCCAUGAGAGAUCCAAUUUAUCUUGGAACGAUGUUAAGGCUGUUUACAUCCGGUUUAGCAUCCAUUUUCCAGAUUUUGAUUGACAUCGAGAACGAUGCCGAUGGCAGAGAACUUGAGAACCAAUUGGGAGAGAAAUUCAAACCUCUAGGAUUUGAGAGGUUUAAGGUGGUAGAAUUGAUCGCGGAACUUCUGCACUGUUCCAACAUGGGCCUGCUCAACUCAAAAAGGGCCGAGCGCAUAGCGAAAGAGAGGAGCGAGGCGAGGAGGACCAUGGCAAUGCAGCUGCAAGAUGCAUUAGUAGAUCUCGAUCUACAAGAUAACGAAAAUACAAUCGAUCCUUUCGAACCUAAUGACAACACCUUGGACGAGGAUGUUGAUGAAUCUUUUGACAUACCCUAUAUCAACUCAAAUCAAAACGCGAAGCUAAGAGAGAACUCUACAAUUGGUGAUUCAUUUAAGAUUGAGUUAUAUGACAACCAAAUUUUGCCGAAAAUUGUCCAGUUGUUCUUACAAUAUCCAUGGAAUAACUUUUGGCACAACGUGGUGUUCGACAUCGUUCAGCAGAUAUUCAAUGGUAGAAUGGAUUUCUCCUACAAUUCAUUUUUGGUUUAUUCCCUUUUCGACAACAAGUCAGCCAAAGAGUUCAUGACGGGACCGCGACAACCUGUUGUCCACGAUUUCCAAAUAACACGAGAUCUCAUUCUUGAGGGCUACAAAAAAUCUUAUGCCUUCUACGAAAAGAACAAUACUGCUCUCGGAUAUAUGGGUCACUUGGUUUUGAUUGCCGAGGAAAUUGUCAAAUUUUCGAAAGUGUACAAGGUUGAGCUGAUUUCUCCUGAUAUACAAACGGUAUUACAAGCUGAGGAUUGGAUGUUUUAUUCUGAGGAUGUUUUGAACGACACAAGAAUCAUGUACUCCAAGAUCCUUGGAGGCAAUGAUUAUAUGGAAGAAACCAACGACGAUGUGGAUGCCACCAAUGACGAUGAUGAUACGUACUCGAAUGCUGGCUCUCAGCUUGGGGGAAAUUUAAUAAGUGUGAAUGACUUAACUCAGGAUUCUAACGCUUCGCUUUCCAAUUUCGCUACUCAAACUGACUUGCACAUGAAGAUGAGGAAAAAGCUGAUAGAACAAUCUCAGGAAGAAGUUGAUCGUCGCAAUAAUGACAAGGGUGUCAUAAUUUUGGGCACGGCACCAGAAACGGAAGCACCAUAA